AUGUCGAAGACACCAAACAAAUCUGGGGAUGAUAUUGUCAGAUUAUCACAAGCUAUGGAUGCCCUAGCCAAGUUGAUCAUUUCAAAACAAAAAGAUGGAUCUCAACUACAAGUGGAGUAUACGCAUAAACUAAAAGAGUUGGAAAAUGUCAUCAACCUGCUCCUGGGCCUGAAUGAAGGCACCGGAGACAGUGUGAUGGACACUGGCGCCCUUGACGUAAAACUGCGGAACAGCAUAGAGGUUUUGGAAAAAGGUGAUCAAAAAUAUGUUCUGAUACCAAUAAAACCCAGGGAAGGAGGCGGGUCAACGAGAGCUGCUUGGAAUGCAACCACCAAGAAGAGCAGUAAUAAGAAAAAAAAUAGGAUAAAGUGUUCGUUUUGUCACCAGCCUGGCCACACAAGAGCUCAUUGCGAGGUGAGAUUGGCCAUACCGCCCAAGGAAUAA